ACAACAGUACUGCAUAUAACAGUUAUCAAUAAACCUUGACUUUUGAAAAAGCCCAACCCUCAGCCUUAGAAGGAACUGAAAUGAGUAGCCUGUCAUCCAAAGGCAGAGUCUGACUUGUGUACACAGUAAUCAUGACUCAAAUGUGUGUUUCUGGUGUGUAUCAGGUUUCAAAACUAACGAAGGACUCGGUAUCUUGCUUUUUUAUUUUGCCUUGACCAUUCCAGUAGCAUCAAAGUGGAGGAAAUGUAUUUACUCUGAGGUGAGAACAUUUAUACUCUACAGACAGCAGCACAAGGAAAGUAAAACAUUUUCUUCAGUGAAGAAUGAGCGAAAGUUUCAAGGAAGGCCCUGACAUUCAGGGGACACAGUUCAGGGGUCCUUCUCUGUCCCAGCAGAGGAGGGUCAUCCAUUUCUCCAGCGGUGAGACUCUAGAGGAAGAUAACAGUGAGGAAGAGGAGGAUACAUCACAUGAGCAGGUGUUUAGGGAGCCUGAAGACAUGCUUAAACUUCCGUGGAAAGCAUAUACUUGGUCUCUGGGCAGGAAGUCAUUGCGCACUUGUGAUUUUCUUGGGGAAAAACUGGCUGGUCUACUUGGCCUUAACACUGCCAAAUACCAGUAUGCUGUAGACGAAUAUCAACGUUCCAUUAAGACCACAGCCAGUAAAGAAACGGAAUGCUCUUAUGAGGAAGGAACAGAGAGAAUUCACCUUUCUUCAAGGAUGAGCAGUGAAUAUGGGGCCACAAGCUCCCACAGAGCCUCUGCUGGUUCUCAAGCCUUCCAGAACAUUGAGCACAGAACUACAGGAUCCCACAACAAGGGCUAUCAAAAUGAUAAUGAGCACUGAGAAAGAACUAGCUAUAAUGACUUAAACAUAUUAACGUGUGUUAAGAAAGCUAAUAUUCAUGUUGAUGAUUGUAUUCUUUUGCUAUUCCUCUCGCUAUGGUUUCUACCAAACCAGGGUUCAAAUACAUGUAUAUUUGAUAUUUAAAAUACUUGUUUCUGUGUAUUUGAGUAUUGCCCAAAACCAGUACUUUUAUACUCCUGAGACCCAGUAAUACAUUUUUGUCCUCUCUAGUGGACAUCAGUUCUUGGUCCAUAUCACUGAGGCCAUACAAGCCACUGUAUUAAGUCCUGUUGUCCCUUUGAGAGGACAUUCUGGGCUUUUCUAUGAUAUCACGCAAGGUAGCAACACAACAUCACGACAACCAUGUAUGGCGCUGUGUGGGCGAGCGGUUUGCUGAUGUCAACAUUGUGAACAGAGUACCCCAUGGUGGCGGUGGGGUUAUGGUAUGGGCAGUCAUAAGCUACGGACAAUGAACACAAUUGCAUUUUAUCGAUUGCAAUUUGAAUGCACAGAGAUACCGUGACGAGAUUCUGAGGCCCACAGUCGUGCCGUUCAUCUGCCGCCAUCAACUCAUGUUUCAGCAUGAUAAUGCAUGGCCCCAUGUCGCAAGGACCUGCACACAAUUCCUGGAAGCUGAACAUUUCCCAGUUCUUCCAUGGCCUGCAUACUUACCAGAC